AUGCCCUGGAUGCCGCAGAAUGACCCGUCCGAGGUCCCUCCUCGACCCCAAUUGACCUCUCAACAGUCCAAUUCCCUCCCCUCAACUCCUUACCAACAUGCGCGCAAACUCUCCUUGACCUCACGGUCGCCGUCCCCCGUCCGUGGCAGCACAUCUCCUCGGUCCACCUACUCGGAAUCGACCCAUCUACCUCCCUCGGCGCGAAAGCCCCUGGGGGGUUGUAAAUAUGAAACCGCCAUGGCUUACUUUCGAAGACGAAUACCCUAUAGCCUCGGGGCGGAUCUAUUGCCCGAAGAAAAGGAGGGUCUCAAGGAGCAUCUGGAACCCGACGAGGAACGCCGGUUGACCGCCGAUAUCAUGGACCUUUAUGAUCGCUUGUUACCGUCCGCCGAGAGCGACGACCGACGCCGGCAGCUCGUCGCAAAGGUGGAAAAAUUAUUUAAUGAUCAGUGGCCAGGACAUGAGAUCAAGGCAAAUGUCUUUGGUUCGUCGGGGAAUAAGCUUUGUUCGAGUGAUUCGGAUGUGGAUAUUUGUAUCACGACGGAUUACAAGGACUUGGAGCAUGUGUGUCUGCUGGCAGAAGUACUGGCGAAGCACGGUAUGGAACGGGUGGUUUGCGUGUCCCAUGCCAAAGUCCCCAUCGUUAAAAUUUGGGAUCCCGAACUUAAACUGGCCUGUGACAUGAACGUCAACAAUACCCUCGCUCUGGAGAAUACGCGGAUGAUCCGAACAUAUGUGGAUGUCGACGACCGAGUUCGGCCGUUAGCGAUGUCGGUCAAGCAUUGGACAAAGCGCAGGAUUCUCAACGAUGCUGCGCUAGGUGGCACCUUGAGUUCCUACACCUGGAUCUGUCUCAUCAUCAAUUUCUUACAGACACGGAAUCCGCCGGUCUUACCCAGUCUUCAAGCUCGCCCACAUGAAAAGAGGGCGACCCCGGACGGGUUGGUAUACUCUUUUGACGACGAUCUGACAACACUACGUCAAUUCGGCCUCAAGAACAAAGAAACAGUGGGUGAGCUGUUUUUUGGGUUCUUUCGCUAUUAUGGACACGAAAUCAAUUACGAGGAGAACGUCAUUUCGGUGCGCGAGGGUAAACUGGUGUCCAAGGAGGCCAAGGGCUGGCAUCUAUCAGUGAAUAAUCGACUGUGCGUCGAGGAGCCUUUCAACACAUCGAGGAACCUGGGAAAUACCGCGGACGAUACCUCUUUCCGAGGGUUACACAUGGAGCUCCGGAGAGCCUUCAAGUACGCAUCGGAUGGGGAUCUGGCCGGAUGCUGCGCCCAGUUUGAGUUUCCCCCAGAGGAGGAGCGGACGUGGGAACGACCGCCUCCCCAGCCGAGGCCCGUCAUCACCGCCGCGUACGCUCCGAAAGGAGGUCGCGGUGGAGGCCGGGGUGGUGGGCGUUACGGGAAUAACCAAUACUCCCGGACGGGAUUCAGCAACGGUGGCCGUCGCACGUCCAACACGGGGAACAAAUCUGCUUUCCGACAACCCAAUUCAGUAGGCACUUCAGAUCUCUCCUUCCAGGCUCAGCAACAAGCCCAAUUUUUGCUACAUGACCAGCUGUACCAACAAAUCCAACUUCUUCAGGCCCAGGAGCAAGAGCUGCGCAUGCAGCUCCACAACCAGGCCCUCAUCACCGGACGGCCCCCUCCGGUGUUUCUUCGCCAGCCGUUUAUCCAAUUCCCCAUGCCACAGCAGCAGGAAUACAUGGGCGGUGAUGAGACUGCCCGGCCACGGUCCGGGACCGUGAGUCAGCCUCCUCUGACACCGUCGCCGAGCCGGCAGCAAAAUCACUAUCCCAGCCCGACGUAUGCCUCCGUGAGUGCUGCCGCCACGCAAGGAACCGCCGCCGAUCCUUCGUCCCCCUCGGCGUCCAACGGUCACCCGGAUCUCCACCGCGAUCCUCGCCGGGCGUCGCUGGUCAACGGAUCACCCAAGGCAAAUUUGCGAGCACAGUCCCAGCCUGCCCGGCCUCAACAUUCUCCGACGAUUCCAUCAUUGUAUGCGAUCCCACAGCCUCUUGACACGUCAUUUUUGUCAAGGCAGCAACCGGUCCCUGAGCCAUCCGAGAUCGGCGAGGGGAGCGGCGAUGAGAACAUGAUGCCGUCCAACAGCCUCCCCGGCAAUGCCUCUCAUCCCGACACAGGGGACGAGAACCGAGCUCAAGACAUGAUUAGUUACUAUUAUACCCCACAACAGCUGCAGCUUUAUCAACAAAAUGCGCUGCUAUCGCCCUUGUCUACCACGCCGAUCAGCUUCGCGUUGCCGAAUGGCUACACGUCUUACCUCCCCGUGCAGCCGGAGUACAGGUCUGGGUCGUUCUCGUCGGAAGGAGUCAACUCUCGACCGGAACAGAUGUCACCUCCGACGCAGAGCUCUGCUGCGUUUGGGCCACAACGUUCGCCGUCGCGACCCGCACCGCCAAUUGAUCGAGGUCCCCUCAUUGUCGACGGUUCGGUCCCGCCCAGCGAGUCUCGGCAGCGAUAUGCGAUGGAUUUGGUGGACCCGUACGCCGCCGUCACCCAUUACACGUCCACGUCCGAUGAUCACAACAUGAACACUCCCGCCAGCUUCUCCGACUCGUUGUCGCAAGACUUCCAAGACCCGAUCUCGUGCGAUAGCGAACAGCAACAGGGUUAUUCGCAAGGCCCGCUUCAACCGCCCAAGAGUCUUGGUGUCACCGGCCUCGCUGAACUGCCUUCGAAAAACGCGAAUGGGCAGCCUGAGCUCCUGGCCAGUCGUUUGCAAAACCUGCACUCGUCCAAUGCUGAAAAGCUUGCUCACUCGCAGCCAACGACCAAGGCACCUUCCGAGCGACAGAAGAGUGGGACUGCACCCCAUGGCUCCGGCAAAGAUGCGAUGCCCGUCAAGAACUCGACCGCCGAGAAAUCAUCCCCCGGAAUACCCACCAACCAUGAAGGACGUCAGCAGACGUCGAACCCAAAGCGUGGACGUUCCAACGGGGUGGAAGCCACCGAUAAAUCAAGCGGGGUCUCCCAUGGCCACGGACAGGGCCAUGGUCAUGGCCAUGCAAAUGGCUAUGCGUCGACUCCUCACGGGCCGAAAUCUAAGACCAAGGGGCGUCAAGAGGCUGUGCUCCAUUCUGCACAUCACCCAAGCGAUGGGAAGGAUCGGAACACCGACCAUGGCCCUCGAAAGACUGGUGGUCAUGCCAAUGGGAGUAACGAAAACAAUCACAGCGGAUGGCAAACCACGGGAAAGAAGAAGCAUCGCAGGAGUGGCAAGUCGUCCGCUGCUGAAUCGCGAGGAGGCGCGCACGGCGGUCCAGAACCACUACCCGAGGAUGUGUCCUUGCGCAAGGGUGGCUGA